AUGAAAUCAAAAGUCGGCACACAACAACAGCAGCAACAUGAUGAUAUUGAAAUAUACAAUUAUAAUAGUAAUAAUAAUGGAACUUCAAAGGUGAAGAAACCGAAGCAACAGAAUUACAAUGGAAAUCUAAAGGUGCUGAACGGCACAAACACCAAUGGCGGUGGCGGUGGUGCCAGUAUAAACAGUCCGCCACAACACAACAUCAGCAAUAAUAAUCUAGCUGCCACAAUUGACUCGGCGCAGCACCCCAACAACACGACGACAAACACGACGACCACCACAACAGGAGGCUCUUCCGGUAACCUCGCCUCCAAUAUAGUUUCGAGUAAUGGUGGCAACAGCAAUUUAAAUCUACAUUCCGGUGGCGGUGGCAACACGAAUGGUCCGAAUAAAGAUAUUACAUACGUUGAUACACAGCAGCAACAACAACAACAACAAGAUAAGCGGUUUUCAACAACGGCGGCAACAGCAGCAGCCAACAACAACAGCAAUGUAUUGACGACAUCAUCGAAAUCCAAUAGCAAUCUACACAACUCUAGUGCUCCCCUCAUUGGAAGCACAAGUGCGCAACCCCAAACAACACCACCCACAUCAUCAUCGCUAAGUGUACAAACACACAAUCAAAAUCAACAAGCUACCUCUACAACCUAUAUUUUCAAACAGUCACUGGGCAAUAGUGGCGGUCAACAAUCAUCACAACAGCAACAACAGACCACUCAAACUACCGAUUCGAAAAAUGUAUUAAAGACCUCAAACAACUCAAAUAACAAACCACAACAAACACAACAACAACAACAACAAACACAAAACAACAACUGUAAUAAUAUUAAUAAUAGUAAAUUAAAUACUGGUUUAUCAAAUAACAAUAUAGUAAACGCAUAUGAUAAUCAAGUACAACAACAAAAUAAACCAUUAGAUAGUCAACAACAACAACCAAAAGCCAAUGCCAGUUCUCUAAAUCCUUUCCCGGGCGUUGGCUCGAUAUUAAAGAACGGUAUCUGGUACACCGAAUCGGAGCUGUCAGAGGAGAACUUUGUUUGGACACCAAAAUACUGGACAAUCGAUCGUAUUGGUAAAUGGGUUGAUGACAUUGAGUUUUCAGAUAAUCAGACUUCACCCACAACACCCACUUCAUCUUCACUUAACCAACAACAACAGCAACAACAACAACCAACAUCGCAAACAUCAGGCAUUUCACAAUCACCUAAACCAUCGAGGCAAUCGUCAUCAUCAAACAUCACAUCGCCAGCACCAGGUCCAACAACAAUGAUUCAUUUCACAGAACGUAAAGUAAUUUACAAAGUAUACACCAAGAAGACAUAA